AUGGCCACCCUAAGCUUCCAAUGUCUAUGUGUUGCUUCAGCGGCUCGCGCCUGGGAGCGCAUCGAAAGCAUGGUCGAUGUCAGUUUUGAUGUGGUCAUCGCUGCAAGUGCACAGACUAUCCAAUUAUCCCAGCAGUCGCAAAAAUGCCAGCUACACAGUCAAAAUUCUGCAGCAGAAGCAUACAAUACCUUCAUUCACAUCUAUGGGAGGCUGGUUCCCUUCCUUGAAAGGGCUAUAACUACAUAUGCAACAAACUUGCAAUCUCCGUCCACAACAUCGACAUUCCAAAGAGCCGGUCAACGAAACUUGACAUUUCCGCUGGAUGAUCAGGUUCUGGGAUCAGUCGGACGGGAUUUUAGUACACAUCAAUCCCUACAAGAACAACGCAGCCCAGCCGCCGUGGUCUGCCGACCGUCCAAAAUGACAUUGGGCCAAUAUGAAAUGGACGAGCAGCAGAGCCAAUAUUUGGCUCUUGACGUCAUUUGCCGGACUCUUCGCAAUUUAGUCAUCGUCCUACAAGAGAUGGGUGGUGGGGAGAAUGCGGAAAUUAGACAAGUCGAUGCGCGAUUGUUGGCUAUACUCGUGCAAGCCAGGAGGCUGUUGGAAAAUACUUCAGCUACCCUCUCUAUCUUAGAAAGCUAG